GUACCUGUCUGUUGACUGCCUACAGUUCACUUUAGGCUCUGGUCAGAUACCCUCUCUCAACCUUUCAGCCCAUCCACCUCUUCGCUUCUGCUUCUCCCCGCAGCCAUGAGGACCACGGUGGUCGCUGUUGUCAUGGCGAUGAUGUGCGUGAUGAUGGUACACGCGGACGUGAAGCCGCAGAGAGAUUUCAACCUGCAGAAGUUUGCAGGAAAAUGGGUCCGUGUGGGCCUGGCCUAUGAUUCUCCGAGCUUUGUACCGUACAGAGACAAAGUGAAGGCCUCCAUUGGCAUCAUCACACCGCUGCCAAACGGCAACGUUAACCUCACCAUGUGGGACGCCACGCCUAUGGGCUGUCAGACGAAGCUGUACCAGUAUGAGAGGACCAAUGUGCCUGGACAGUUCACCUACUUCAGCACACGCCACAACAUGGUGAAGGACAUCACAGUGGUGGACACUAACUACACUGAGUACGCUGUGGUUCUCAAACACAAGGUUUUUAACAGGGAGUACACACAGGUGGCACUCUACGGUCGCUCUCAAAGACUCAGGAUUGAUGUAAUUAAUAAAUUCAAAGCCUUUGCCUUGUCCCGGGGUUUCCCCAGAGACUCUAUUCUAACUCCACCUCCAGCAGAAAAUUGCCCACCAUCUGGAUCUGGGCGUUAGUGUCUGUUUCUCCCUCUAGAUUCCCAGAUGUACCUGAGGUGAGGGUGGCAGUGUGGUCCCAUGUGCUGUUCCAGUCCAGAUUUUGUCUCAGCAUUUACCUUUAACUUUCUUUUAGAAAAGCAAACAUCAUCUUUUUGGCUACAAACAUGAUAAAUAGCAAAUCGUGCUGAUGAAAUGUAUAAAUCAUGUUCUUUAUGUGAUGUUGUUCUUCAUUUUCAUUGUUCUGCUGUGUUGACAUAAACAAAUUAACCACC